AUGGUGAGCCUCUUCGCCUUCGGCUCCAACGGCUCCGGGCAAUUAGCCCUUGGCCACAAAGAAGACGUCUCAACUCCAACACAAUGCCUCUUCUCCUCCCCCGUCAUCCCAGACGACGAGAUCAUUCACAUCGCUGCUGGCGGGAACCAUACUCUCUUAAUCACAAGACGAGGAUGCGUCUAUGCCGCGGGUUACAACACCGAUGGGCGGUGCGGGCCCACGCCCUCCACUUCAAUUUACCAGAGCACCGACAGCGUCGAUGAAGACAAUCUAGUUCGCUUUCGUCGCGUUAUUCUCACAGAUGAAACAGGGUCACCUGUUGAAUUUUUCAAGUGUGUUUCUGCAACUUGGGAGGGGUCUAUUCUUAUUGCUGUGGACAAGACGAAUGAAGAUAAGAUCUUUGUUCUGGGUUCUUCUCCCAAGGGCGAACUUGGUCUUGGAUCGGGUGUUUCUUCUGCGGUGGACGGUAUGUCCCUUUCGCUGCCGCCGGGAUCUGGUAUUACUGCGUUGGCGAGUGGGAUGGGUCAUUCUGUGGCUGUGACGUCGAAUGGCGAUGUAUUCGGUUGGGGUGCGGCACGGAAGGGCCAACUGGGGGAUUCUCUCAAGGGGCAGAAGAUUGUAUGGACACCUGCGAAGGUUGAGGGAAUUCCAUUUCGUGCAACGGCUGCUGUGUGCGGGCGUGAGUUUACGGUUAUCCUUGGACAGCGUGAAGCUGGGGAGUUUAUGGUUCUUGGAGAUCGAGGGAAUCGGUGGGGGAUCUCGGAUCUUCCUUCUUUAGGUGGUAUGGGGUAUAGUAAUAUUGGGGCUAGCUGGCAUGGUAUAUAUGUACAUAUUGCUCCGGAGCCGGGAACAUCCAAGGCGCCAGUCAUUGCUUGGGGUCGCAAUGAUCGAGGUCAACUGCCGCCUCCCGGGUUGCCUGAGCCCGUCCAAGUUGCCGUUGGCAGUGAGCAUGUUCUUGCACUUUUGGAGGGUGGCGAGGUCGCGACAUUUGGUUGGGGUGAGCAUGGGAAUUGCGGGCCUGAUACGGAUGAGAAGGGGAAUGUGGCCGGCACGUUCAGUAUGAUCUCGUUGCCGGACUCUGUGCGCGCUUAUGGCGCGAAGGUGGUGGGUGUUGGAGCGGGAUGUGCGACAAGCUGGUUGAUUGUGAGAUGA